GUUACGUGACAUAACCACAACUAAACUUGUCACAAAACAUUAUUUAAUUUUUAUUAUCAAAAAUCAAUAAUAGAAAUCCAGAAUGAAUAUUCCAGAAAUCAAAUCUUAUGAAGAACAAGCGAUUGACACCGUGGUGUCUGUGAUAAAUCGGGCGAAGGAGAAAUUGGGGGUUAGGCAGACCUUGAGGCAACUUGCAAACAGUCGUGACUUCGCCUGCAAUGCCAAACUUUCCUUGAGGGACAUAGGACCACCUUUUGCUAUCACCAGUGAGAAGUUCAUCCAUGACACGAUAGAAAAGAAAUGGAAACUCACUGACACGUUUAUGUACGUUGUUAGGUACAUGGGAGGGUCGAAGAACGAAGUGUCGCAGUAUUACUAUUUCGAGGCGAUAUUCAGCCAGCCUACAGUCUCCUACCCCAUACCUCAAGCUACAGUGUCAGUGUUUUUCACUCUCGAAGACAAGCACAUUGAGCCACCUAAUGAGAGAGGUGUGCCCAUGAUGUACUUCAGAGUAGAAGGUCACCACACGGAACACGACAUGCGCUUUGUAGCGCUUUCUCCUGACUGGAUACUGGGCAUGAUCAAAAUGAAGAUGAAACUGUUUCAGAGAAUUGAAACUAUUCGAAUGUUUUAAUCUUUAUAAUGCCAGUGUUAAUAAUUAUAUAUGGAUUUAUGAGUAGUUUAAUUAGAUUAGUUUGUUCUAAAUUUACGUCUGGAAACAAAUAAAUCAUACUUCUGUU